AUGUCCCGUGUCAUUGUUAAAGGUAUUCCUUCAUAUUAUGAUGAGACUAAGUUGAGAGACCAUUUUGCCGAAAAGGGUGUUGUGACAGACGUCAAGUUAAAGAGGAAAAAUAAUGGAGAAUCUAGGAGAUUUGCAUUUAUUGGUUAUAAGGAAAUCAAGGAUGCGGAAGAUGCUGUUAAAUUUUUCAAUGGCUCGUUUAUAGAUACUUCUAGAAUUACCGUGGAACUUGCAAAAUCAUUCAACGAUCCAAAUGUGCCUGUUUCAUGGAAAGAGAAAAGGAAACAACGGGAUGAGUUGUUGGCGAAAACUGAAGAAAGACUUGCAAAAAUGGAAGAAGCUGCAAAUCGAAGGAAAAACAAAAAGGCCAAGAAAUUAACGACAAUCAAUGACAAGAUUGAGAAUGAUUCAUCUUUGAAAGAGUUUGUUGAAGCUAUGAAACCAUCUAAUCAGUCCAAAUCUUGGGCCAAUGACGAAGUUGUCAAUACUGAUGGCGCACCAACAAAUGAUAAGCUAGAAGAAGCUUUGGGUCUGAAGAACUCGACAAAAUCACAGCUUGAGAAGCCACCAGUAGUGACCUACAAGGGGGACGAAAGUGACGACGAAUACGAUGACUUUGCCAUCAAGAAGGAUCAGAAUAUUGAUGCUGAUGAAAAAAUGGUCCCACUUUCCAAAGAGAAUAAUGAGCAAACGGUUACUCUAGCUGAUUCUGGAGUAGAAAACAUGGACGUUGAUAAAAGUGAAGGGGCUGGAAUCCAAGAUGAGAAUGGAGGUAAGGAUGGUACCGACAAUCAAGACGAAGAAGUGGACGAUCUUGAAUGGUUCAAGAGUAAAAGAAAGAGAAUUAUUGAUGGAGAGGAUAACCAGGUGAGUGAUCCUCAGAAGAAAUCAGUUGAAAUUGUCCAGCCUGCCAAAGAUGAAACUGGUAUUGAGGAGAGUGAUGAGGCUGAUGAAAAUGUUGAGGUAGAAGAGCCAAAGCAUGAACUCACACUCGAAGAAAAACAUAUUGAUAAGAUCUUAAUUACAGGUAGAUUAUUCUUGCGUAAUAUUCUUUAUUCCUCAACAGAAGAUGACUUCACACGAUUGUUUUCUCCCUUCGGACCUCUCAAAGAGGUUCAUAUUGCAGUUGACACUAAGACGGGUAAAUCGAAAGGGUUUGCGUAUAUCCAAUUUGAAAAUUCGAAGGAUGCAGUAAAAGCUUACAUUCAGUUGGAUAAACAAAUUUUCCAAGGUAGACUAUUGCAUAUUUUACCGGGUGAAACCAAAAAGGAACAUAAGUUAGAUGAAUUUGAACUCAAGAAUAUGCCACUCAAAAAACAGAGACUACUCAAAAAAAAAUAUGAAGCUUCCAAGGCUGACUUUACUUGGAACUCGCUAUAUAUGAACUCUGAUGCAGUUCUUGAUAGUGUGGCUACCCAAUUGGGUAUUUCCAAAAACGAACUUAUUGAUCCACAUAAUUCCAGCUCUGCAGUUAAACAGGCAUUGGCGGAAGCUCACGUCAUUGGUGAUGUUAGGAGCUAUUUUGAAAGUAAAGGUGUGGACCUCACAAAGUUCAGUGAAAAGGAGAGAGAUGACAGGGUGAUCCUUGUCAAGAACUUCCAGUAUGGUACAACGAAGGAAGAAAUUGGAGAGCUUUUUGCAACUUACGGGGAAUUGAAUAGGGUGUUGAUGCCUCCAGCUGGAACCAUUGCAAUUGUUGAGUUCAGAGAUGCACCUGCUGCCAGGGUCGCUUUCAAUAAAUUAUCCUUCAGGAGAUUAGGUAAGUCCAUCAUUUAUCUUGAAAAGGGGCCGAAGAACCUAUUCACUAAACCUGCUGAUAAAUCUGAUUCUAUCAAUAUUGAAGAGACUGUCAAGGAUGUCAAAGUAACAACGGAAGACAUUCUGGAAAGGAAAGGAGAUGAUGUUAAAAGUGACUCUGAAGACGAUGAUGAUGAUAUCAAUAAUUUUGGCCCAACGACCUCUAUUUUCGUGAAAAACCUAAAUUUCAGUACCACCACAUCUUCACUAACUGACUUUUUCAAAGUGUAUCCAGGGUUUAUUGUUGCAGUUAUCAAAACCAAACCUGAUACGAAGCAUCCAGGGAGGACAUUAAGUAUGGGUUUUGGUUUUGUUGAGUUCAAGACUAAAGAACAAGCCAAUGCUGCACUGAGAGGUCUAGAUGGACAAAUACUAGAUGGACAUAAACUACAGCUGAAGAUAUCCAACAGAGUCGGUAGUAUGGGUGACAACAAUUCCAAAACAAAGAACAAAAAGGCAAAGAAUGGUAAAAUUAUUGUUAAAAACUUGCCAUUUGAAGCUACCCGUAAAGAUGUUUUCGAAUUGUUUAAUUCUUUUGGAUCUUUGAAAUCAGUUAGAGUUCCAAAGAAGUUUGACAAGUCUGCCAGAGGUUUUGCUUUUGUUGAAUUUUCUACAGCGAAGGAAGCAAGCUCUGCAAUGGAUCAAUUACAAGGUGUCCAUUUACUUGGUCGUAGACUAGUACUAGACUUCGCAGAGAAGGAGAGUGAUGAUGUCGAGGCAGAGAUUGAAAAGAUGACCAGAAAGACAAUAUCCCAAGCGAAAUCUAGAGAGCUAGCUGAAUUAAGAGAAGGUAACUCAGGUAAGAGGAAAUUAGAAUUAGAGGAUGAGGACGAAUAUUAG